AUGCUUUCGCCUUCUGCUAAAAGACGAGUUAAUAUCAUUGGAAACCAAUCCGAUCCAAAUCAGGAAGAAAAAUUCGAUUAUACAGAUAGUGAAUUUGAGCUGACACUAGAGAGGCAAUCCUCGCAAUCACCACUUAAAUUCAAUGACUUCAUGGAUACUUUAGUUGGUAAAAAGAGAUUACUUGCGGAAGCAGAGCAGUUUGAUAAAGGUAACAGUAUAACAUUACCACAAAUAGAAGGGACCCAACUUAAAGGUGUCCCAACUGAAAAUUUGAAAGAAUACGGAAAUAUUGCUUCGCAUUCGCCAAUACUAAAAGAGCAAGAAUUAAAUAAAGUAUCGGAAGCAAACAAUGAUAGCCACAAAAUGAUUCACGUCAACAAUCCAUCGGUACAGGUAUCAAAAACGCAUUAUUUCAAUAAUGGCAAAGAGCAUAUAAUUGAAGACCCGUUGCUGGUUCAAUCCACCCCACUGUCAAAGGUCAAACAAAUUCAACUUGACGGAAAUGUGUUUGACAAUGCACAACCAAAAGAUUUACUGAAAGAGAAACUGCAAGUUUCCCGUAAACAAUCUUUGGUUGAGAAUGAUGGAUCAAUAGAAAAGAAUUCAAAUGGCCUAAGGGAUGAGUUAUGUAAGUUCAAAGAAGACCUAGCCGAUAUUAACAAGGUAAGAUUUGAGCAAGAUGAUGAAUUGAGAAAAUUGAUGAUGGGAUUAUCUGAGAAGGAUUUAGAAUUAUCUCAGCUAAAGAAAAAAUAUUCAUCGUUAGUGGAAAACAUGCAAGAGGACAAAGAUCUUGCACAAAAAUCGGAAAAAGAGCUACAUAUUAAAAUUGAAAUGCUUUCACAACGGCUAGAGGUCCAGGAAAAAAAUUAUACGGAGAUAAUUGAAAAUUUGAAGAAGGAACUAGAAGCUACAAAAUCAUUACAAGCUGGACUUGUAAAUAAAUCCUUGUUACAGAAAGCUGAAGCAGAUUUAGCAAAAAAAGAUGAAGAAAUCAAAAUUCGUAUAGAAUCUUUAGAAAAUGAUUUUAGUGCGAAAGAAGAGAGUCUUUUGAAACGUGUUGAACUAAUGGAAGACUCUAUUAAAAGUAAAAAUGUUGAAAAUGAGGACCUUUCGGCACGAUUGAGUAAGUCUGAUUCCGAAAAAGAAGCUCUUUCUCAGGAGCUCUUGGAAUGCAAGAAUCAAGAACAAAUUCUAAAUAAGAGAAUAGAAGAGUUUCAGCAAAAUGAGGAGAAAUUUGUUAAUAAAGAAAGAGAUUUGAAUAAUACAAUUCAAGAGUUAAGCGAUCAAGAAGGUCGCCUUAAUACCAAAGUGGAAGAGUUAAUUGCAAAAGAGAGUGAGCUAAACAACACUGUAACAAAUUUGAACGAACGACUACGAGAGUUGAGUAACAAAGAGUUAGAACAGAAUAGCACCGUGGAAAAGUUGAGUCAAAAGUUAACAGAAGAGAUCAGUAUAGAACAAAACUUGAAAAAUGAGAUCAACCUGUUAAAAGCUGAAUUGGAUAAUAAGAAAACUCUAGAAGUGAAUUUAGCUGAUUUGGAUGCAAAAUUCGCUUUGUUAGAAAGCGAACACAAAAGGUUGAUAGAAUUCAUAUCGAAUCUUACUUUAUUCAAUACCAGUAUUGGUAAUCAUUUAAUGAAAUUAUUUGAUGAAUCGGAGUCUAUAGAAAAGUGUGAACUGUGGCUAAAAUCUCUAAAGAUUGUUGGAUUCAAGACAGAAAAUGAUGAACAGCACUUAAAGGAGUUACAAAACUUUAUUGAAAAUGACCUUAAAAUUUCUUUAAAGGAGAAAACACAAGAAAUUACUGGAUUACAAGCAGAACUUCGUGACAAAAACUCGAAAAUUAAUGACCUGUUAGAUAAGAUAAGUGAUAUUCAAGAAUCAAAGGAAGAGCUAAUAACUUUACGGGAUCAGUUAACUUCAGAGGUUAGUUCUCUCAAAUCUCAAAUCUGUAAAUCUGAAUUAUCAGUCAAAGAGGAUUCUUUCAAAAAUCUAACAGAACAAAAUCUUUCCUUGCUCCAACGUAUUAAUGCAUUAACCAAUGAAUUAAGUGAAAAGGCCACCCAAGUUAAGGGUUUGACACUUGAACUACAAAACGAAAAAGAGAUCUCUUCUAAUAUGAGAAAUUCUGUGGCCCAUCUUGAAACGACUUUAACAAAGCUCCGCAAGACUUAUGAUAAAGUAAGAGGGAAUAUCAGUGAUAGAAUUACUUCCGAAAGCUUAUCAAAUACUCAUACUCACAUGGAUAAGCAAUCUUACGAAAAAUUGGAACUUGACAGGGUAGAUAAUUUAAGUCUUGUUCAAUGUGAAAACACUAUCAAAAAUAUUGUUGCUUUACUUGAUAUUCCUUAUUCAAAACUUGCAACUAAACUUCCUUUAGUUAAUAUAAUGCUAAGGUAUGAGAAAACAAUUUGCUUCCAUUUUGCUAAUAGAAUUCACAAUCUAAUAUUCCAUCAAGAAAUUGAUUCCAAGGCGUAUACAAAAAUAGCUUUAGAGAACUACUGGUCACAUAGAAAUGCUAAGGCGAUUCAACAUCCGCUAGAAAAGUGCUUAAACGAUUUAUAUAAAUCUGUUGCAGAAAGGUUACUUGUGUAA